UCGGGCCGUCGGUGUCCAUGAUGGCCGGCUCCUCUGCCAAGGAGGAGAUCGUCAUCUCCUUUGGUGACGAGGAGGACCAGGCACCGCCGCAGCAGCCGCCCCGAUUCCUCAGCGAGGCUGCUCUGACGACAAAGAUUGUGUCCGUCAGAUGGAGAUAAUGACGGAGCAGUCGCUCUGUUUCAUGGGCCCAUCGCUGCCAUCGCCGGCACACAUCAAGGAGGAGCCGCCGUCCCAGCUGCGCCACCACAUGAAGCAGGAUCCGGCGUCCCCUCUCCGGCCUGUGAAGGAGGAGCCGACCACGUCGCCGCACCACCGCGGCAUCCACAUCGAACGCCGCAUGAAGGAGGAGCCGGCUUCGCUGUCAUGCCACCCCGGCGUCCAGAUCGGACGUCGGGUCAAGGAGGAGCCGAGGUCCUCGCCGCUGGGUCGGAAUGGAACCAAGCCGUCGACACGACACCGCUUCUCCCGCCGCACCCGGUGGUGACCAUCAACAUGGAGUUCCCCGGCGCGCUGCACAACUCCGCCACGCCGCGCCAACUCUGGGCCCCCGCUGAGGUUAAGGUUCGCGACGCGUGGAAGUGGAACCUGGUCAAGGAGAUGGAGGCCAUCACGGCGCUGCUGCCGACGCACCUGGUAGUGACCAUCGACACGGAGUUCCCGGGCGCGGUGCACGACUCAGCCACGCCGCGCGACAAGCGGAGCCCGAAAGAAGCCUACACGCUCGUCAGGCGCAACCUGCUGCAGCUCGGCCUCACCCUCUCCGGGCCCGGGGGCAGCCACCCCGUGGUGUGGCAGUUCAACUUCCGGGGCUUCGACGAGAGGCGCGACCCGCACGCGCCGGAAUCCAUCGCCAUGCUCAAGGCCCACGGCAUGGACUUCGCCAGGCUCCGCGAGGACGGCAUCGACCCGGGCGACUUUACCGACGAGUUCAUGCGCUCCGGCCUAAACCACCGCCGCCCGCGCCGGGGCAGGGCCGCCCCCGAGCCCCUCACGUGGGUGGCCUUCUCGGGCUCCUACGACUUCGCCUACCUCGCCAGGAUGCUUUUCCGCCAAGGCACCAAAGGUUUGCCGCAGAAGCUCGAGGACUUCGGAAGGCGCGUGGAGAAGUUCUUCGGCCCGUGGGUGCUCGACGCCAAGUACAUUGCCAAGACCUGCUUCGCCCACAACGCCGGCUCCGACAGCCUUCUCACCGCCGACGUGAUGCUCGCCAUUGUGUUGCAGCUCGAGGGCCCCCCCAACUUCGACUACAACGUGCGCGAGAAUCACGCCGGAAAGAUCGAUGGGCUCGUCGUGUAA